ACACAAGCCCUCCAGAAUUCCUCACAUCCGGGAAUCUUUUGGUGGUCGGCCAAACAAGGAUCAAUAAAGCCAAUGAUAGACAGGGGGCGUGCCGGCAACGCUGAUUGGUCCAUACAGCAGCAGCGCGGAUGCGCAGGCGCAUUUGCUUUCACCCGGAGGGGGUCGAAAGGGCGACGGAAAAUUGAGCGUCCUCCAUGGCGGCGGCGCUGAGGCGGCUGUUCCACGGACCGGAGGUGGAGCGGGUUCGGCCAGAGCCGGAGCCUCCGCCCACCCCGCCUCCGCCGCCAUGGGGCCAGGAGUGCCGCCGGUGCCCGGAGUGCCACCGCUGCCCACAGCCCCGCUGCUGCAGGGAGAGAACCGCCCGGCUGGUCUCCCAGGAGAAGCCUCCUUAUCUUGGUUAUGGCUCCCAGUACUGGAAUUCAUCUCCUAGAACUCCUUAUUCAAGUCCAUAUCCUGUUGGACCAGACAUUCAAGGCCAGGGAAUUGAUCCGUCCUAUACAAAUGGUGUAUAUGGCACCCCAUACUCAGCUCCUGGAACGAGGCCACCGUAUCCCAAUCUCCCACAAUCAAACACAUACUAUUCCUCAGGGCAUCCUCAUGUCCCUUAUUCCACAGAGUCUCCUAAUGCAUAUAGAUCUCCAUCACCAGCUUCCAACUGGAAUUACCCCCCAGUAGAUUGUCCGGCUGAAGGUUGUAUGGUGAGGAGACAAGUGCCAGGAUAUUCCCCUCAACAGACUCAAAGUUUUCCAGUUCCACCCUAUCCAUAUGGCGAUUGCAAUCACAGCAUUCCACAGCAGAGGCCACUACCACCCCCACAGCCAAGACUUCAAGAUACAGCUUGGCGACCACCUGGUGUUUAUGGAAUACAGCCGCCCUAUGCCUGGCCUCCUGCCCUUCCAGGACAUGAGAAUCGAUAUGUGUCAGAAUCACCUUCACCUUGGCCUGCUGGUGGCAUGCCUGCUCCACAGACUCCACAUAGUAAUGGAAAGGAGUCUUAUAACCAGCUGGAACAAGGAGCUAACCACAGCUGCUAUCCUGAAGUCAGCCACUUGCCUUCUGGGACCAUGAAUGACUACAAACCAGCCCUGCUUGACCCAAAGCCAUCUGUUUCCAACCCCAAAGUACAGUAUAGUGCACAACCCCAGCUGUAUGAUAAUGUACAUAGGAAACAAUCAACAAUUUAUCAUGGACAAGGUUCUAACCCCAGCAUGCAGCCUUCACUAGAGACAUCAGCUGUGGAUCCAGGAAUACAAAAGGUUAUGCAAGUUAUGGAGGGGGUUGAACAGCUGGAGGAAGAAGUGGAUGAAUUUGUAGGGAAAAAGACAGACAAGGACUAUUGGUUGCUAGAGGAAAUGCUAACCAAAAAAUUGUUGGACCUGGACUCUAUAGAGACUGGUGGUCAGGACAAUGUACGCCAGGCAAGAAAAGAGGCUGUUCACAGAAUCCAAGCAACCCUGGAAGAACUGGAAAGGAAGGGGCUUUAAUGUGACUAGCAGUCCAGGAAUGGCCAAAAAUCUUUCUUUUGACCAUCCAAAGCAAUAAGUGAGAAUUUGCAUUUGAUUUUAAAAUAAGUCAUGGUGAGUUCAGAGUGACUAAAUGAAGACAUAAGACCCAAAGUCUUGCUUUGUUGGUCUGCAAGUGAAUGUAAAAGGCUGGAUGAUAUUCAGACCCUGAUGACUUGAAGGUUUUUCUGUAUUAUCCUGUGUGGACAUCUGCAUGUUCUUCUAGCAGCAGGAGGAAAAUUGUUGGGUAAAAGAACAUUGAGAUAGCUGAAUUUGCAUCUCUAAAGAGAUCUUUUGGAACACAAAGGACUUAGAAGAAUGCAAAGACAUUUCAGUUGCAACACAGCUUCAGUUAAGACUUCACCCUUUUUAGUGAUUCCUGUGUAUUACAGCUUCCCUCCUUGUCAUAGAAAUGGUGUGAUAUUUUGUAUCAUUAAGUACAUUUUGUUCAAAUGCAGCCAUACUGAUAAGCCAGUCAGUAGGGUAACCAAAGCCAGUAUAUCACUUAUACUAGUCCUCCCCACUUACCGUGCAGGUGUAAUCCACAGUACUUUUUGUGGAUAAGUAGGAGAAACCCAGAUGAUGCUUUAACUGUUGCUACUUGCAAGUAACAGAUUGUGGUAUUUCUGGGCAGAGGGACAAAUGCACUUAAUUGUGAUGUCACUUCAUACAUUAACGUUAAUAUGUAUUCCUCUUUAAUCUGUGUGGUGCUUCUGUACAAUCAGCUGUGCUGUUUGUAAGGGGACAAAUAAGGUGAUCAUGAAUCUUCAGCUCUUGCCAAACUGGCCCUUGUUCCAUAAGGCAAGAAAAUAGAACUUUGCGAGUUUUAAAAUGUGCACAUUACAAGACUUUGCAGAUAAGAACAGCAUUGGUGUAUAUGAUUGCUAAAAAUAAUAAAUUGGGUAUUAAAGUGUC